CGACUUAUAACAAUCUCUUACAUAUACUAACAGCUUAUGCUGUUAGCAGAAUAACCAUAUUGUGGAAAAUUACCCUCCUCCUGCGCCUUCUUCCUAUGACGAGGAGGCUAACGAUAGAUCCGCUUCCGAUCAGCCAAGCAGCCACCGUCGGAAUCUCAACCGUCCAAGAAGCUGGAUACGUCGGCACAUCUGAAAACGGCUUCCGAGACCGAACUCGACUCCGACUCCGAUUCCGACGCUGACUCUGACCCUGCUGCGCCGGAGAUCGUCGUGCAUGCUCUGGAUGGUGUAGAACGGGAUUUGGUGAAGAAGCUAAGGGAGAUGGCAGAGGGAUCAGAACGUGCUGAACUGAAGAAAAGGUUGAAUAAAGUUCCUCGUCGGGUGAUGUUGAAUAAGCUAAAAAAGAGAGAAUGAGGAUUGAGAGAUUUGGUAAGACAGUUAAGUAGUAGCUUUUGCUCUGCACAUUCUGGUUUUGUUGAACCAAGACAGUUAAGUAGCAGCAGCUUUUCUUUUCAAGUGGAUGUGUUGGCAUGGUGGUGGUAAAAUCACUGUGGAUUUUGGUUGUAAAGGUUUAGUAUGCUCCUGUGUAUCAUGUUUUGAUUGCUACUGGGUUUUUUCUGCUGAGCUGUUUGCUGCUAUCGAUUGAAAUCUUGGUAUUUCAGAUGAUCAAUGUGGAUGUUCAAGCCUGAUGGCUUCUUUUGCAAGUAUAGCAGCAAUCCUGCAAAGUGGAAUGAGCGUCCACACCUGCACACGUCCCAUGUGACCACCUGAUGCGACCACGACCAAUAUAUGAUUGAGAUAGAGGAUCGUGAUAGGAGACUGCAGCUGGGUCGACGACAGUAGUGUCAGCAAGCUUUGACUUGAGGGAGGAGUAGCAGGGAGGUAAGUAGAUUACGUUCGGCAAGACAAAGGCUGAGUGUUGUUUGAGGUACUGAGAAACCCCCAUUCGGAUCAGAGGACGAACAAAGUGGCAGGGUGACAAGUGGUCAUGAUACUUGUCGAUGCAGGUGAAGUUAAUCAGACAGGGAAGUGCGGGGAAACCUCUACGCCUAAGAAGUAGUGCAGUGAAGGUGCUGCAGAGAAGGAUUGUGGAGAUGAUGAAGGUGAACUUGACCAUCUAACCCCGUCGUUGGAUGCUUCUUGUAAAGGAGAUAUGAGCAGCCAAACAAGUUGUGUCGUGUGCACUUCUGAAUUAGCUAGUUUUUUUCUGGUUCAAUUCGAGGAUUCAAGCCCAGAUAGCAGCAUCAAUAGUUGUUCCAUCUUGGCUGCCAUGUAUGUUGGGAGGAUUGCGUACGAGUACGACCCGUUGGAUAAUAGGACUGCAACUUGUCUGAUUGCGGCGCAAGUGGAUGGAGUGCGACUUGAUCCGCAACCAUCGAAAGGUUGGGGCAGAAGGAGAGUGUUACAGUUGGUGUUUGGGGUAGUUGGUGGUUUGAUUCUAGUGAUUCUUGAGGUUGGGGGUUUUGUUAUGAGGGAAUAUUGCAGGCGGCACAGGAAGAAGGGCUUGGAUGAAGAACGUGAAAGCAGUUUCAGUGAAGGUGUUUUACUGUUGGCUAAAAUGGGUUUGAAAUGGUUUGGUUUCUUAGAGUUGGAUUGAGCCACGAAUAGUUUUUCUUCUAAGAACUUGGUCGGAAAGGGCACAUUUGGGAUUGUGUACAGAGGAAAGCUUGAAGAUGCUUGUUUGGUUGUAGUGAAGGAGCUUCUGGAAGUUAAAUCCCUUGGAAAUGAUGACAUGGAAUUCAUGAAUGAGGUCGAGAUUGUGAGCAAGAUCAAACACAGGAAUCUACUCCCACUCAGAGGUUGCUGCAUUGCAGCAUCUGAUGGGAUUAGAGGUAAAAGGAGGUUUCUUGUGUAUGAAUUCAUGGCUAAUGGUAGUGGUGCAAACCAUUUAUCCAAUGUGCCAAGAAGAAUGCAAUUUGGUUGGGAGCAAAGGAAGAAUGUUAUCAUUGAUGUGGCUAAAGGAGUCCUUCACUUGCAUUGUGGGGUGAAACCGACGAUCUAUCAUCUCGACAUAAAGGCCAGCAACAUCCUUCUGGAUUUGGAGCUAAGAGCUAAAGUUGUUGAUUUUGGGUUGGCCAAACAAGGUAAAGAUGAUGAAAGCUCUCAUAUCACGACAAGGGUUGCUGGCAUGCAUGGGUUUCUAGCACCCGAGUACACAUUGUACGGACGUCUAACUGAGAAGAGCGAUGUUUACAGCUUUGGGGUUCUCGUUCUCGAGAUCAUGACAGCAAGAAAGGUGUUGGACAAGUCAGGCUCGAACUCGAGCAGCUCAUCGCCAUCGUCUGUUGUUUUGAUCACGGAUUGGGCGUGGAAUCUAGUGAAAUCAGGCAGUGUGGAUCAGGUUUUGGACGAUACGAUGACGGAUGCUGGGAACAAGCACAGUAAAGGAGAGAUGAGGAGGUUCGUUCUUGUGGGGAUUCUUUGUGCUCACAUUGUUGCUGCUCACAGGCCAACCAUGUGCGAGGCUCUGAGAAUGCUGGAAGGUGAUAUUGAGGUUCCCAACUCGUGCUUCAAAACGGCUUCUAGAAAACCCCUCGUUCUGACCCCUAAGAGAGGGGGGAGAGAGGAAGAUGAAUGAAGGAAGCGAGAUGGUGGGUGGGUCAUGGAGUCACCGGCCGUCAAACUCCGUUAACGACGUCAAAUUUUUAAUGAUGUGGAAAAUGGGAGUCCUGACUGGGCAGACAGUGAGGCUGAAAUAGAUAUCCAGUCAGCAACUGAGAAUUGUUCCACACGUCCUGUCUGGGCCACAUCACAACUGAGAAUUGGUCCAGCAAAUCAGAACAAGGGAAGGGAUAAGGGAGAGGGAGGAGGCAGAUUGUGGUGCGGCGACGCUCGAG